AUGUCGGAGGCAGAGCAAGUUCAGGAAGUUGAUAGCCAAGCUACCGAGCAAAUCAAAGAAGUUGAAAGCCAAGCUACCGAGCAAAUCACUGAAGAUAAGAGCGAGCUGGAUAUUUUAAAAGAUGAAAUCAGAAAGUUCUCAUUGAAUUCAUUGAAUUCUAGUGUUAAGAAUCACGAUAUGAUUCUAACAGCUUUGACAAAAGCAGUUGAAAGAACACCAGAAAUUCCGGAACCUUAUCUCAAAGGACUUGUUAAGCUAGUUACAAGUGUUGCCGUUCGUAGGUACAAUCAGCCUAAAUCUUUCCAACUUGUAUCUCGAUUGCUUCAAAGUUUGGCCAAACACGAUUCACAGGCUGUCGCUCUAGCUACCUCUACCAGAUAA